AUGUCUGCAAAGAAACUACGCGCCAAGCUCGACUUCAAGUUUGUUCUCCCGCGGAGUCGACAACGUCCAACUGCGGAGAUCGCCCCCGACUUCAGCGAGAAGAUGUUCCGUCCCCGCACCUCCGACACCAAGCCCACACCCGCUGUCCUCCCCGUUUCAGUCGACGCACCUCCGCCCCCGCCUCCGCCGAAAGACCAUCGUACGAAACGCGUCUACUCUCUAUACGACCCCAGUGGGGUUACCUGGGACGACGUCCGCUACACAGUCCUGGCGUCGCCUAUAUCAGAGGAUGCCGCUUCGCCUCCCGGCUUGAGCGAUGCGACGAACAGGUCCCCUACGGUUCAGUCGACCCCAAAGGUACGCCCGCCGCCCAGCUACUCCAAGCUUCCCCCGCUUCCGGACGAGAUGGGUGUUCUCCCGCCUACAACACCACCGAAGUCCCCGCACACCCGUACCGCGACAUCCCGGAUCCCGGUAGCCUCUGGGCGGGUGCCCGCCCACCAGCGGCGCGCCGCGACAAUCUCGACCCCAGAGGAGGCGGAGCUCCGCCGGCGUGAGAUGGCGCGUCGUAAGGAGCAGGAGGAGCGAGAGGCCAUGCGCGAAGAAGCACAACGGCAAGCCCGCCUGAAGUACGAGAAGGAGCAACUUCUCAUACAGGCCGCGCACGAAGAAGAAGAGCGUAAGGCUGCGCUGGAGGAGGAGUUGCGGCGUGCCGCGGAGGAACGACAGAAGCGCGAAGCGAUUGAGCGAGAGGCGGAUGUGCUUGCGAACAUGGUCGCAGCUGAGCGCAAGCGGCAGGACCGCGAGAGGCGGAGGCAGGAGACGCAGAAGGCGCAGAGGAUGCUACAGGAGAUCGAGGAGCAGCGGCUCGCCAAGGAGGAAGAGCGCAAAGCGUGGCGUGAACGGGUAGCCAGGCAGCGGAGGGCUUUGGCGGCAGGGCUGGAGACCCAGAAGACGAAGAACAGCCGAGGCCUGACAGUACUCUUGACGGGCUGGUUGACCGUUCAGAGCGAGGACUGUUUGUCUUACAAGAGGCGACACUUCCAGCUGAGGGAAGACUCGCUAUUGUUGUUCAAGGAUGCGGAGGACGACUCCAAGGCCAUGGAGACCAUUCAUCUGUCUAGCAUUCAGCGGAUUCGUGAAUGGCAAGAUGGUUUCGAGGACUUGGCUGGGAUACCAAACUCGUUCGCCCUCGAGAUUCGUGGAUUCGGUGAUCCCUGGAGCAUGUUCACGGAUUCGAGCGAGGACAAGGAGAAGCUGCUUGCGCUUCUGAGCAGCAGGCUCACCACGCGAUGAAAAGCGUGGAGAACCGAUAUCGGCGUUGACAGGACUGUCUUCAUUUCUCGUUGUCUGUAAUAGGUGUUGUAUUUGGCCGCGCUGCCGCAGUGUGUAGCACUAUACAUGUAGAACUCUGUAGUCGAUACCCUUGGAGCUCAUUGCCUUC